GAAGAUUGCCCGGUACAUCAUCAGCGACACGCUAAUAUUGCUCGAGUAUCAUGGCUGAUAUUGUACCCCCAACGGCUUCAGAACUGCCAGGAACUGUAUCUCAACCAUCCCCCCUCAAAGACAAUACAGGGGGUAAUUCACAGGAAAAGAAGAUUCCAUCCAGAGCAAGUCGGCAAAGAUUCAAGCCACAAUUAUCAUGCACCUUUUGCAGAGCACGAAAACUAAAAUGCGACCGCAACUCCCCUUGCAAUAACUGCUCUAAGAGAGACUUGUCUUCAUCAUGCACAUAUAUCCACAAUUCACGUGAGAAGAUAUCUCAUGCCCAGAGGACCAGAGGAAAACCGAAAGAUGUUCAAGACCGAAUCCAACACCUAGAGGAGCUAGUCGUGACGUUGAUGAAUCAAGCCAAAGAUACAACGGCCCCAUCGGAACCAGAUAUCUUACCCGGCUUUCAAAGCUCUACAAUCAAGCCCCGAGAACUUUCAUGGCCUGAUGAUGCUACGGUGUCUGAGAGCGUGGACUCAAUUGGACGUAUAUCUGUCCAAGAUGAGCGGCAGAGUUACGUGGGCGAGUCUCAUUGGGCGGCGAUACUCGAGAAUAUAGCUGGAUUGAAAGAAUCAUUAGGAUCUGAGGAGUGGCCACAUGGUACAUCGCGUGGAAAGAACACUUACAAAGGGCCUGAGCUACUUCUUGGAGACAAUAGAACUGCCUCAAGGGAAUCUAUUCUUGCUUGUCUCCCGUCGGAAGCUUUGGUGAACAAUUUGGUCGAUCGCUACUUCACUACAAUUGACGCUUGCUUUAUGAAUCAUGCCCCAACUUUUAGAAAGGAGUAUGCUGAGUUUUGGGAUAAUCCCGACUCAAAAUCCAUUUCCUGGAUUGGAUUGUUAUUUUCCAUAAUAUGCCUUGCCGCAAACUUUGAAUUGAGAACAGGAGAUGCUCCAAUAGCCGCACUGUCAACAUCGGCUAUACGCGACACAGAACAGCGGAUUAGGAUAUAUCGCGAGAAAACGGUACAAUGCCUUGUGAAUAGCAAUUACACGGAGCCUGGUCCGCACACUGUUGAAACUCUCUUACUUUACUAUUUCAGUGAGCACUUUCAAACUAAGGACACAAUCUUCGGAUCUUGGAUGGUUUUGGGGAUGAUUGUCCGUGCAGGAAUGCGAUUGGGUAUGCAUCGGGAUGCCUCACACUAUCCCAGCAUAUCGGUUUUUCGCGGUGAGAUGCAACGUCGCGUAUGGGGCAUAAUACUAGUUCUCGAUAUUCAAAUUUCAUGUCAAAUUGGGCUUCCUCGAAUGGUAAGCGAAGGGAUGUAUGAUACGAAGCCUGCCAGUCACCUCUUAGACGAAGAUCUCUUCGAAGAUAUGGUGGCACUGCCUCCCGCCAGAUUGGAAUACGAAUCGUCUCCUGUAGGCCACGUACUUUUUAAACAUCGUCUUCUUUUAGUAUUUGGAAAAAUAUUUGACGCGUCAAAUCUUGUCACUCCUAUUCACUAUGAUGAAGUUAUGAGGCUUGAAAAAUUGCUCUUUGACGCUCUUGGAGAAAUUCCAGAGUUUUUCCGAGCCAGAUCCAUCCAUGAUCUCGAUAGCGGUUCUCCCAAGUUAAGAGUGAGGAGGUUCUUAAUUGAAAUGGCUUACCUAAAAGCACGUUGCUAUCUUCAUCGUAAAUUUCUCUCGGAAGCCGGAUCAUUGCAAAAACACUCUUACUCUGUCAAAGCGUGCGUCGAUUCUUCAAUGAUGAUUCUACAAUAUCAAAGUUACAUGACCAACGAGAUAGCUCAGGGUUGUUCGCUAAACGGCAUUAAAUGGGUUACAUCUUCUUUAAUGACUUACGAUUUUCUCUUAGCCGCAACACUUCUUUGCCUUUAUCUUGGGCAAUUGAUGGCUGCAGAGGAACAAUCUGUGGAUACCAGCCUUCGGAACUUUCCAAUCGACUGGACUAUAAGAGAUAUUUUGCAUGCUUUGUCAAAAUCUUACCAAAUAUGGAACAAUCCUGAUAAAUCAUCGGAAGAUACCAUGAAAUUUUCGAAGGUGCUCAAGGCCAUGCUAAGAAAAGUUGAUCAUUGGUCUACCGUAAAUAAAGUCCAGGGCGAGGUUGCAAAGGAGAGGACGAGCGAACCUAACUCUAAUAUCUCAUUCGCUGAGCAUCGCGAGAUUCUUUCCGCUUCUAUCACACACGAAAGCCGUCUUCCAAUUUAUUCUGCUUCAAAUACGUAUGCUUUGCAACUAAGUAACUUCGAAGAAAGCCCAAGUGACUCUCCUACAUCAAACAUCGGUAUGAUAGGAGACAUUCUGAAUGAUCCGACUGGUCUCGAUUGGAGUCUAUGGGAUAGCAAUUUUCAAGGGAGCAGCAAUUUCAUUGAUACAUCGGCUCCGCUAUAUUCUUCCGAUCCGUACUUUCCUUUUCAGGCAGCUGGAUUUGAGUCCAAUUUGGACGGCAGUUGAUGAUCACUAAUUAAUCCCCAACAUUGGCCGAUUACCAAUGCAUGGCUUGUCCAAAGCUUAUGUACAGGUCGCAGCCAAAAAUUGGGCUUCCCAAGAAAGCUUAAAGGUUUCCAAUGCAACGUGGGUGGGGGGAUUUUAUUAUUGGUUGGAUGCCCCUGUCUGAUAUUCGCUUAUUUUAUAGCCUGGGCGAGAUUACGAAUAACUGGAAGACUAACUGUGCCUCAACAAGCGAUGAUAUAUGACGAGUGCGAUUAGUUGUCACACGAAUUGCUAAGCACUGAAGCGGCAGGUAGAUGACCGGCUGAUUGUUGGACACUGCUUGAAAUAGUCAGGUGGUGUUUCGCGAUAGUGUCUCUAGAAUCAAGAAGGUCUGAACUGCUGAUAACGGACUUGAUGCCGAUCUUUCGAAGCUCAUCGUCUCCUUCAAGUGGUCGGAUACAUGUCAAAUGGUUUGUCGCGCAACAUUGAUGCAACGCGAUGUUGGCUAUGCGCAGAGCUAUCACAGAUUCUCACAUAUUAUAACUCUAUCUUUAAGCAUAUUCAUGGGUUCUAGAUGUAGUUUCAAUUUACAGGGAUGAAAAUCUGGGGAAUACUAGCCAUUUUACCUUGCCUCACCCGCAUCAAACGCGUGUCCAUCAUGAAAGAAAUGAAAUUGCACCCCAUACUUCCAAAAAAUACCGAAUCUUCCCA